AUGAGUUCAGCCCAAAAAGACACAAAGAAAUUGCAAUCAGCUACUCCCACCAAUGUUCAUAUAACCGGUGGCGAUACACCUGAUAGUGAUCCACGUAGCAAAGCCAAUCAAGAAAAUGAAGGUCGACUUUCAGGAAGUCAAUUUACAAUUACUGAAACUCCUGCUUUUUAUAUCAAUCAAACAUCCAGAACUAAUAAAUGA